AUGCACUCACGUCUGCUAAGCCGACCCAUCCGCGUUGUCGGAUGCCAUGCCGAAGGUGAAGUAGGAGACGUUAUAGUCAGCGGUGUACCAGAUGUACCAGGCAGGUCCAUGUUUGAAAAGAUGCAGAACUUCCAAGAGUCCACCGACUAUCUGCGGCAUCUUCUCUUAAAUGAGCCACGGGGCCGCGCUUCAUUGAACCUUAAUGUCCUUGUACCGCCGUGUGAUCCUAAGGCCGACAUGGGGCUGAUCAUCAUGUGCAACGACUCGUACGCUUUCAUGUCCGGCUCCAACAUCAUAUGCGCGAUAACAGUCCUACUUGAAACCGGCAUAGUUUCAAUGAUAGAGCCCGAGACAGUUCUUACUUUGGAUACCGCAGCUGGUCUGGUUACUGCCACAGCGCAAUGCCAAGCAGGAAAGUGCAAGUCGGUGGCUUUUGAUAACGUCCCUUCAUUUGUUGCUAAGCUGGGUUUUCCGGUUGAUGUGCCUGGAAUAGGCAUCGUUUCCGUCGAUGUUGCCUGGGGCGGCAUGUGGUACGGAUUUGUGGAAGCUGGCGCCCUGGGCCUUGCGGUGUCGAACGAGCAUUGCCGCAAGCUGGUUGCGUUGGGUGACAGGGUGACCAAGGCCAUCCAAAGCCAGUUUACCCCAGUGCACCCGGAGAAACCAGAAAUGGCAGGUGUUUGUACCGUGUGUAUAACGGAACCAGUCGCAAGAGAGUCGGGUUGUUUGAGGGCGAAAAACACAGUCAUCGUCCCACCAAGUAGGCUGGACAGGAGCCCUUGCGGAACAGCGACGUCUGCCAGGAUGGCCAUCUUGUACGCUCGCGGCCAGUUGCAAGUAGGGGAACCCUCUAAACAUCACAGUAUCAUAGGCACUGAGUUCACGGGGCACAUUCGGUAUGCAACCAAGGUCGGGAAGUUCGAUGCCAUUGUUCCGAAUAUAUCGGGGAGGGGCUGGAUCACAAGCUACAAAGAGAUUGUUCUGGAUGCUACCGAUCCAUAUCCAGAAGGGUUCCGAGUAGGUGACCAGUGGCCGGUUGCAUCCGAGGAAUAG